UUGUUUUUGCGCUAUUGUUUAGUUUGCAUUUGCUAGUUCUGCUGUGCCCCGCCGUCUGUUCCUCCUGUCCCAGCUCCAACCUUUUCCCACUGUUGCCUUGCUUGCCUUCACCGUCGUCCACACUUCUCCAGAAAGGUGGCUUUGAAUUAGCUCAAAGAUUGGCCGAAUAUUUCUUACUGAAUAUUGAGUCGAGGAGAAACAGGUACGAAGAAGACCAUGACCUUGCAUCGAUGAGCCAAAUAGUGUAUACUGAGCUUGUGAUAUUAAUACAGUUUCUCAAGGAAAGCUCAGCAAUAAUAUAUUAGCUUACCCAGCAAUUGUGUUAUCAAAAUGGACCAACAAGUUCUCGUGGAUGAAAACUUUCCACUCUUCUCCAAGUCUCAUAAAUCCUCAAAAGACCACGUGCCAGCUGCCUCAUCUGCUACAGCCUCCACCGCUGUUGCCACCAAAGACAUUAACUUUGAUAGCCAACACCUUGGAAAGUCAGAUGACACAGAUCUUGAUUUCAAUCCUACAACUUUUGGGGAGCUUGGACUUGCAGAAUGGGCUGUGAAGACUUGCAAAGAGCUUGCAAUGUGCAAGCCUCGACAGGUCCAGUUACAUUGCAUCCCAAAGGUUCUAGAUGGCUGCCAUGUGCUUGGCAUGAUGAGACAGAAGUGGGAAGACUGCAGCAUUUGCUAACCAAUUCUUCACCGAUUGGGUGAGCAUCUUGGGGUUUUUGCUUUGGUUUUGACGCCAACUAGGGAGUUGGCAUAUCAACUAGCAGAGCAAUUUAGGGUGGGUUCAUGCUUGCACGUGCGGAUAGCUGUGGUGGUUGGAGGGAUGGAUAUGUUGCAACAAGCCAAGACUUUAACAUCCAGGCCACACGUUGUGAUUGCCACACCGGGAAGGAUCAAGGUUUUGCUUGAGGAUAAUCCUGAUAUUCCUCCAGUGUUUUCUAGAACUAAGUUCCUUGUCUUGGAUGAAGCAGAUCGAGUUCUUGAUGUUGGCUUUCAGGAGGAUUUGAAAUUGAUCUUCAAUGUUUACCAGAAAGUCGGCAAAAACCUUUUUUUUUCUGCAACUACAACAAGUAAUCUACAGAAGCUGCGUGAGCGUUACCAAGACAAACUCUAUGUCUAUGAGGCCUAUGAAGGCCUGAAAAACUUGAGACGCUUGAGCAAACAAAUUAUAUUUGUCCCCAACAAAGUGAAGGAGGUUUAUUUAAUGCAUUUAUUGUCCCAAAUGGAAGAUAUGGGCAUUCGCUCUGCCAUGGUUUUUUUCUCUACAUGCAGAGAUUGCCAUCGAUUAAGUUUAAUGCUAGAAGUACUUGACCAAGAAGCUGCAGCUCUCUAUUCAUUCAAAUCCCAGACUCAGAGACUUGAAGCACUGAAUCAAUUUAAAUCAGGAAAGGUUUCUAUACUGCUUGCAACUGAUGUUGCCAGCCGAGGAUUGGACAUUCCUACGGUUGAUCUAGUCAUCAAUUAUGAUGUCCCAAGGUUUCCAAGGGAUUAUGUCCAUCGUGUUGGUCGGACAGCAAGAGCAGGUAGAGGAGGACUGGCAAUGAGUAUUGUUACCCAGAAUGACAUCAUCAUUCAUGAAGUAGAAGCUCUUCUUGAAAGGCAACUGGAGUUGGUUGAAUACAAGGAGAAUGAGGUGCUUUCUCUGAUGAAAAAGGUUUUCAGUGCUAAAAAUGUUGCCGAAAUGAAAAUGUUGGAUGAUGGCUUUGAGGAGAAAGCAGAAGAAGAGCGGAAAAAGCAGAAACUGAAAAUGCUAGCAGAAAAAGGAUUAUUAAGGAAAAGGAGCAAAAGAGGAAAAGAAACAAAGGCAUGAAGGACGAAGGGAAAAAAAGUAGAGGCAGUGGAAGCAUUACCAGAUAAAAAAGGAUCACUGAUAACAAGAGCAAGAAGAAGCUUGGGUAGGAGGAAAAUACUGGAUGCUGAAAAAGAGCAGAAGCAGAAACUGAGAAUGCACCGUUCAACGUGACUUGAGGAAAUUAUAGGGGUUUUUUUAUCGAACGACAGAUAUAUUAUUGGGGUUUUAAGAGGUGAACUUGGUAUGACAAUCAUAGGGUAAAGUCGUGCAAAGUUCGCUGUGCAAAAAAUUUUGUAGAAUCAUUUUUCAAAGUAGGUUAUUAGAGUUCAUUAUCAGGCUCCCUUUGUCAUUAAAAGAAGGAAUUUUUCAUGAAAAUUGAUUGUAAAAAAAUAAUUUGAACUUACAGUUAAUUAGGCUUCUUCAUAUUUAACUGCAUUGAAUUUUCAGGAGUUGCUAUGGUCAGAAAA